AUGCCUGCACUAGUGAUAUCCAGGGGCUCUUCAGCUGCUUCAGCAAGCGCGAGCUUACCUCUUAACCAACCGCCAGCUAUGCGUAUCCUCAAGCGCCCAUCACCCACCGUUUCUCCAAAUCAGUCAUCUGCCAAUCUCACACCAGCUGGUGAGACAUUCAAAGAGCGUGAAGCUAGGUACCAGGCUGCUCGUGAGCGAAUAUUUGGCGUUUCUUCUUCAACCUCUUCAGACGGGCAGGACAAAGACGGGCAGGAUAAGGCAAAGAAUUCUGCGUUAAAGAAGGCUUCAUCCCCUACCCCUCCUUCCAAUCAAGCCAAAAAUUCUGUGGUCCGUGACCCUCGCGGACCUUCGAACUCGACCCCAAAUCCAAAUUCUGAAAACAGAACAGACAACAAAGGGUUUGGUGAGCGCAGAACACAACGCCCCCCUCCUUCCACCGCAGUACCGACCACAAUCUUUCCCGUUUCCUCAUCUGAUAUACCUAUUUGA